CGAACGUACAAUCUAUGGAGUUCCCAUUACUCAAAGUCCCCUUUGACAUUCUGUUCUGUAUUGCUGCCUAUCUAAGCCUCGAAGACAUUGUGCAUCUGGGCGCAACAUGUAAACAGUUGCGGGUACUCCUGAACGAACGGACAGUCUGCAGAAGCGUAGUCCAAAUGGAGUAUGCCUAUACAGAAGAAGCGAAAUUAGCAAGAGAAGAAAAAAUUACGUAUAGACAGGCGCUGGAGGCAAUUUACGACAGAAGAAAUGCUUUGUCUAGAGCACAGCCUUUUGAAGCACGUGUUUGGGGCACUGGAAAUGCGUUCGUUUAUCGACAGGGGAUUCUAUGCGCGCUCAAAGGGCAUAUAGUGCACGUUUCGGACUUAAGUUCGCAGUCGUGUGAUUUUUGUCUCGGUCUCGGCAAUUUCGUAAGACAACUCCUGGGACCUUCUUUCGCGUCGUCAGAGGAUUUGUAUCUGGGUCUGCUCAACUAUGCUGACGGGAUACUCUCUGUUUACGUUUUUCCAGAGAAGAGCGUUUCGAAUGGGGGUUACAUUUUCGCUCUCAAUACGCGGGUUGAAUGUCCUAGUAAUGAAAGAGUGGUCAGGGUAGUGCAGCUAGCUUCUAGUUCCAAGCUGUUUGUCAGAAAUACGGCCGACUAUCUGUAUUAUGGGACAUAUACAGGACGAGGAACCGACGGCCACCACAAGUGGGAGAUUGAAGGCAAGAGUUUGAACGACAAGAGCGAAAUACCAGAUGGUGCAAGAAAGCUGCUUCUUGAUAAUUUCCACGGAACGGAUAUCGGCUCCACAGUCGCCUUCGAGAUACACAACGACUACUUUUACGCCGUGUCUAACCAAAGCACGUCUGAAGUAGAAGAGAUUGACUAUACAUCUUUUUACCACGUUGCUCGUUUCCCAGUCAAUUCGGCGUUUCCAUCUAGUCUUGAAACGAACGAGCGGCUGUACCGUCGUCAGCACAAACAAGGACCAAUUCACGACUCGUGGACCGAUCUUACGCUGCAAGUGGAUGAGCGUACAAGUGAGACGGUGAUUGUUGAGUCGCGACGAGAAUGGGUUGAAGCAUCGUCUCGCCAAUCGCGUACGUUUUACGUCACCAGGCUGGAAUUUGGCAACGAAGAGAACGACUUGGCUGAUGAGUUGUUGCUGCCCGAAGAUGAUAUAUACCUCCCUGUGAUGGACUCGUCCAACAAACCCCACUGGAAACCUACGCCGGAUCUCUAUAGCUGGAGCCAACAUCCAGAAUUUUCCAGCGACAACCCUUCACCGCGCUCAUUCGUGCUUACGAAGACAAAGUUUAGGGCGUACAACUACGGAUGUAUGACUUUUUUGGAUGUCGUCGAGGACGAGCGGUGCUGCAACGAUACUUCGAGGCCGCCGUGUCUUAGGCUCCGAGUAGGAUCACGACGUGAGAUAGGUCGCAGUGAGACUCCGGCAAAUCUCAAAGGAAAGGCUGUCGUUGCUCAGACGAAAUCAAACUUUGUAGACAGCGGGACACGGUAUCAGCAUUCGCCUAUUCGCAUGUGGCCGCCUCCGGCAUCCUGUUGCCCAUGUUCAAGACGUUUACACGACAUACUUAACCCAGUGUUACCUGCCAGCGAUAAUUUUUACACAAGAAGUGUCAUGGGUGUGCUCGACGAGCGACGCCUCGUCCUAAUGGUGGAAGCAAGACGUGCAUAUAGCCCAAGUGACGAGACGACGCUGGGCACCAUUGUUGUCGUAGACUUUGGUCGCUCCAUAGAGAGUAAGGAUAGCAUAGCAUCAGUAGCUGGUGGCCCAGCACCAAUGAAAAGUAGUGGUAGAAAGAUUGAGGAAGAAUCCAGACUUGUGUGGAAGUGGCAGCCAGGAAUUGGAAAGCUGUGCCGCACUGGGGCGUGCUGAAAGACUUGAGGCUGUAAACCAGAGGGGUGGAAGGUUAGAUGGAUGUUGAGACUCAUACGGUGCGCCUAUUAUAACUGCUGACAUGUAAAAUGGCGUUUGACUGCUCAAAUGUGCUACGAGGCACGUGGGUACACACAUGCAGGCCAGGAAUGUAGGCUACAGCUUUGUUAUUAGGGGCAAUGAUCAAG